UCGGUAUACACUUGUAUCACACUGGCGUGAAGGAUUUCUGCACCACUCGGCAGAGGAACUUCAAGGAUGUUGCUGACACUGUACCUGUGUCUAUGCCUCACAUAUGUUACUUCAAACGUUUCUGGAUAUUACGACGACAGACGAGAAGCCUUAGUGGACCAGGGUGUUAAUGAACAAGAAGAGUCAAGCGACAUUGUAGGCGAAGGGCCAUAUAGUUUUCAGGAAAGCCCAUACGGAGGAUUGGACAUUGAACCCGAAAGUGAAGAUAAAGGGGGCGAUCUUACCUACUAUGCAAAUGAAUAUCCUGAUGCAUUUCAGGUUGACGAUGUGAAACUCAGUAAGCGACCGCUCGUGAUGGGAGGAAGUGGUUUCAAGUUCGGAAAACGUUCAAACAAACAAGGCACUUAUCGACAGGAAGAUGACGACAGUGAUGGACCAUACGAAGACAACAUAUCGACCAACAAGAGGUACUUUCGUGUUUAGAGGAGGCAGACACAAGUUUGGAAAGAGACCAUUUGUGUUUGGAAGUGGUGGUUACUUUGGGAAAAGAAAUGGUGAUGAAGAUGUGGAUGAAGCCAACAAGAAGCCGAUAUUCAAUAAGCGACCGUUUGUCCUGGGAGGUGGGUAUAACUUUGGUAAACGAGAUGUGAACGAGGAGAGUGUACAAAAACGGCCGUUUGUCCUCGGUGGCGGGUACAAAUUUGGAAAACGUCCUUUCGUUUUCGGCAGUGGCUAUAAGUUUGGAAAGCGCAACAUAAACGAUGAAGAAAUUGAAACCAGAAAAAGAUAUUUUGUCUUAGGAGGGGGCUAUAAAUUCGGAAAGGGGCCAUAUGUUUUAGGAUCUGGUUUCAAAUUUGGGAAAAGAGACAUAGAUGACGAUGUACAAAAACGACCGUUUGUUUUAGGGGGCGGUUAUAACUUUGGGAAACGAUCAUUUGUUAUGCGUGAAGGACAUAUGUCGGGGAAACGCGACGUGGCGGAGGAUGAUAGUGAGGAAGACAACAACAUAGAGAAAAGGCCGUUUGUUUUAGGAGGAGGAUAUCAUUUUGGGAAACGUCCGUUUGUAAUUGGAAGUGGAUAUAAAUUUGGAAAGCGUGACAUGAGUGGGUUUGAAGAUGAUCAAGAAAUAGAAAAGCGUCCAUUUGUUCUCGGCGGAGGAUAUAAAUUUGUAAAACGCCCUUUUGUUAUGCGCGGUGGUUACAGUUUUGGCAAACGUGGUGUGAAUGAUGACGAUAAUACAGUUGCAAAACGACCGUUUGUACUUGGAGGUGGUUACAACUUUGGAAAGCGAAAUCCCGAAACAGAUGUUGAAAAACGUCCGUUUGUGUUAGGAAGCGGGUAUACAUUCGGUAAACGGGCAGACGUCGAAGGAGAAUUAGACAAACGUCCGUUUGUGUUAGGAAGCGGGUAUACAUUCGGUAAACGGGCAGACGUCGAAGGAGAGUUAGAAAAACGUCCGUUUGUGUUAGGAAGCGGGUAUACAUUCGGUAAACGUGCAGACGUCGAAGCAGAAUUAGACAAACGUCCGUUUGUGUUAGGAAGCGGGUAUACAUUCGGUAAACGUGCAGACGUCGAAGGAGAGUUAGACAAACGUCCGUUUGUGUUAGGAAGCGGGUAUACAUUCGGUAAACGUGCAGACGUCGAAGGAGAAUUAGACAAACGUCCGUUUGUGUUAGGAAGCGGGUAUACAUUCGGUAAACGUACAGACGUCGAAGGAGAAUUAGAAAAACGUCCGUUUGUGUUAGGAGGUGGUUAUAAAAUUGGAAAGCGUGAAAUGCAGAUAUACGACAGAGAUAUGAACACCAUAGAAGAAAUAAGAAAGCGCCCAUUUAUGUUAGGGUCAAAUAACGGAUUCGGAAAACUCCUGUCAGGUAGAUCAUUUAAAAUCGGUAAGCGCGAUUCGGAAAUGACAGACAUGGAGGCCCAAGAAAAGAGCGAUGAGCUUCACAAAGAAGAACUUGCCCAACACUCAUCACUGAAGAGGAGUGCCUGAUUGAAGGGUUUGGAGCUUGAUCGAGACUAUUUGGACACUAAUGGAUCCCGCAUUCAAAAUAAAUCUCUGCGAUUGGUAAAAAAUGUAGCGUAUUCACAUUCCAAACUAUCUGAAAACAACAAAAUCAUUAAAAGAACGGAACAAAAAGAUAUCUGUGUGGCCGCAAGGUAAACAAAAAAAAUGUGAUUGUAUAAAGAAUCAAAGGAGAACAAAAACAUUCGCACAUGUUAAGACAUUUUUAUUCUGUUAAUUAGAAUACUUCAUCAUUCAUUCCAGAAGUCAUUAAUCACAACAUCUAGGUGAAUAAAGUCCUGUGCCAUGUUACUGUAGAACUAAACCAAGCCGGGACAAUAUGAAAUAAUGCUUCAAACCGAUAAUAGGUCGUCCUUUGGCACGAAUUCAGAAGAAAUGAUUAGAAUGGUAUUCGCGUCAUACCAAUCUGUAUCCCUUGUAGGUCUAGUCAGACACUUGUCAAAAAUGGUGUCGUCGGUUAUUGUACGAACUUGUUUCGGCGACGUGGAAGACAUCCAUAGGAAGUAUGUAGGCGGGUCUUAUGAUAUAAUUUUCUCCGGAGAGGCUGGAGCCUUGGCGCUGAUGAAUAAAACAUGUUUGAUUAACUUUGCCCAGACUAUUGUCAAAUAAAGACUUUCAUUGCAAUCAAAACUGUCUGUAUCGCGAGGGAAAAUAAAAAUCAUCAUAACAGUAUUUAGGAUUUUUCAUCAUGAUCGUAUUAACAAAAACGUGGGAUUUUUCGUUAGUGUAUUUAUCAUAUUUUUUGUUAUUUAGAUGAGAUCUUAACAUCAGUUUUUAUAGCUAAAGCUUCAAAGGACCUUCAGUGGUAUACACCACACAUUCACAUCAAUGUAGACACUGUUGGUUUACUUAGUGUCGCCAAGUUUUACAAGGUUCACUAUAACAUUAAUCUAAUUAAAACAAGGCUUGUUAUUUUCGGCGAUACGCUCUAAUGCAUGUUUUAAAAAGCGUUAAUUCUAAUUUUAAUUAGAUUGACCAUUACAAAAAAACUAUCAAAGCAAAGUUGUUCACUAAAAUUGUAUUAUAUCAAGAAGAGCAUACAUCAGCUAUUGCAAAUUAUGAUCUCAAAUAUUAUUGUAUAUUAACACUCUUGAAUAUCAGCUAAUGAUAAUAUAAUUACAGAAAUUUACGAUUUAAAUAGUAUCUUCUCUAUCAUAUUAAUUGCACACUCAGUUAUUGUUUUUGAACAUACUCUUAUAACGCUUAGACUGGUCCUUUAUAUCGUCAUAGCGAGUUCGGUAUGAACAAGCACCUGAUAAGAAAGCACUUUCCUAUACUAACAUAAACACUUAUUGUGUAAGAACUAUUUGUGGAUAUUGUUAUGUUGUUCUUGUCCUGUCAUCUUUACGUAUACAUAUAGUAAGUUUUGAUUAUUUUUGGUAUGUUAAUAUUAUAUACGUAUAAUUAGCUGACCUCUGUGACAUUUUCAGUCUCUUUUCGAUAAAAGUCAAUGUCGAAUUGGUUUGCUUUUAGAUACAAUGGAGAAUGAUUCCGUUCCUAAUGCUUUUCAACAUUUUCUUAUAAUGUAGAAUAUGUUUCUUUAAUUAGAAAAUCUUUCUCCUUUAUAUCUCACAAGGAAUUCUUGAUCUAAGCUUCUUGGAUCAAGGUUUGGUUGUCACAGUUAUCUCGUUAAAGGAAGACAAUGUUAGUUGUCGAAAACACAUAUACGUGUCUAAGGACAAUAAUUGCACUUUUAAUAAGUUGAGUUUGUAAUCAGUUGAGUAGACUGGAUAUCGAAUAUUGCUAUAUUAGAUUUUUCAGCUUUUUGUAACUAUUGUUUAUGAGCAUGUCUGUUUUGCUUUCAUAUUUAAGAUCAAAUAUGUUUUAUUCUUGUCAUGUUUGUCUAAUUAAUGUGUUACACGAGAUGAUUAAAUCAUAUCUUUUUUCUUAAAUGGAUAUAACUAAGUUGCACUAAAAUUAUAAUUACACAGUCUAAUAGCUGAUUUGUAACGAGUUUCCAUUGUACAUAUUUCAGAAAAAUAGUAUUUCUUGACAAGUUUAAUAAAUCUGAAACCAAAAUGGAACCAAAUGUAUGAUACUAUUCAUCACAAAUCCAAGAUCUGUUGCUAACAUACGGGUUUGUAUUUUCUUCUCAAUUUGACUUAAAAUCUAAUAUUCAUAUAAAUAUGUCUACAUUUUGAUUCAAAGCCGUUUAGUAGAUAAUACCACACCCUAAUUAGAAUAAUGUCGUAACCACAGAAACAAUGGAGGCACAUAUACCAUUAGAGGUCUAUUAAUGUUACCCUUAUGCUCAUAAAGAUGGGGACAGUGCUAUCAAACGCUGGAUAUAUUCAUAUCCGUUCCCCGAAAACAGAAUUUCAUCAAACGUCCAUCAUAGCAAAAGGCACUACUAGGUACCAGUGUUGAUAGUAAUGUACAUGAGGCUUCAUGAAGUUAAGUUGGAUGUUGUAUUCGAUGUGCACUCUUAACUAGCAUAUAGAUUAUUUUAUAUAAAUAUGUUUAUAUUGUAACAGAAAAAAGAUGAAGAUGAUAUUUCAAUAUUACAAAAGGCGCUACUAGGCAUCAAGGUCUAUGUGCGUAUAAAGUUUCGUGAAAUCGUCUUGAACGGUUUUCGAAAUUAAAAUGAAAUAUAUAAUUACUGUAACGACAAUGUUAACCGUAACCGCGACAGUGAUAGCAAUAGAUAGCGUAGAUUGAGACCUACCCUGUAGACAACCCCAGCUACGUUUAUGAGUAUCAUAUUUUGGACCAUUAUGAGGCAAAUAAGAUCAAAUUGAUCAUAUUCGUUAAAAUUUUAAUUGAUAGCUCAUUGUGUUUCUUCCCGUUCAGCGCUUUUAGUUGCAUGUUACUGUAAUAGUGUUUUAGUGUAAACAACAAUAACAGUUGCGUAGUGAAUGCUAAAGGUGGUACUGUUUUUGUAAUAUAUUGUUUUCGAUAUAAAUGAUGAAUUUUCUCUUGGCUACGCUUAGGAAUUGUUAAAGAUUGUUUUCAUUAAUGUAUUUUAAUCACUAAUUAAGGAUUGCACACAUCAAACACGAAUUCCAACACGUUUUAAUGAGUUAAGUAACAGAUGUGGUAAAUGCUGGCUGAUGAACAUGAAAACACCACACCAUACAGCUGUUUCAUACAUGUACUUGUGACACAAUGUUUUGAGCCAGAAGUUAAUGAAAAAGGAAACAUAUAACAACAAAAAUCAGGCAUCCUCAAAGCUCACAGUUUGGUUAUACUGUAUUAUGACAAUACACGAAGAAAAAACGUAAUACGAUCGAUUACUUUAUAACGUGUUCAAAACAAUUUUGCAUAUUUUUUUUUUUAAAUAAUAUCUUCUUUGUAAAUUUAUCGAUGAUACGGCGUGACUAGCACCUGUAUAGGUUAACAUAUCAGUAAUAGCCAAGCUGGUACAAUGUAGCUCUCUGACAAAAUAGUGUAUUUUUCCAAAACAAAACAAAAAACGUUUGUUUUCGUGUACAUGUUAUCAAUAAAAUGUCUUGCCAAG